AUGACAACCGGCCUACCACAAUUUCCAGCGUUCGCCGUGCACGCGGACAGUGGCAACACUGGACUGAGAUGGGCGAAAUGGGUGGCGAAGUUGGAGAAUCUGAUGAUAGCAUUAAACAUAACCACACCAAAACGGAAAAGAGAUAUGAUGCUACACUAUGCUGGUGACGAAGUGUAUGAAGUUUUCAUCACGCUGCCCGACUCAGGGAGUGAAGAUGACUUUGAGCUCGCCCGUGACAGUUUGAGGAACUACCUCGACCCCAAGAGAAAUAUGGAGUAUGAAGUCUACCUGUUCAGGAAAGAUAAACAAGCUGUUGUGUGUAGAUCAAGACAGAGAAGAGAACAGUCAGCGUAUCACGUCACAAAGGACAAGCAUUCUACAGCAGAGAUGGAAGCACAUCAGUCGGAUUCCUCGGACGAUGAGUGCACGUUUGGUGCGAGACAGCACGGGGACAAGCUACCAACGUGCGACGUAAAGAUUGAGGGGAAAGUCAUACAGUAUGCCAAGAAGGUUGUGGAGACUAAUAUUCAUGUUGUAGAUGGCAGCAUAGGUAACCUUUUAGGCUACAGAGCAGCUGAAGAUCUAGGCAUUAUACAUGUAGCACAGAGUGUGACAUCUAAGAUGCAGACGAUAGCCGGGAAGUUUCCAAACAUCUUCAAGGGUAUGGGCAAAGCGGAAAACAUACAGGUGAAGUUAUACAUAGACGAGAAUGUGGAGCCAAAGCAACAACCACAUCGACGUAUUCCAUUCCACGUAAGGAAAGCUGUCGAGAGGGAACUGGACAAACUCAAAGAAAUGGACGUUAUCGAGAAGGUUAGCGGUCCAACGCCAUGGGUCAGCCCUAUUGUGGUGGUACCAAAGAAAAACAAUGAGGUUCGGAUAUGUGUGGAGAUGAGGAAAGCGAAUGAAGCCGUAAAACGCACAAAACAUGUCAUGCCGACAAUCGACGAGCUGAUCACAGACUUGAAUGGUGCAUCAGUUUUUAGUGUGCUGGAUUUAAGGUCGGCGUAUCAUCAACUGGAACUCCAACCUGAGAGUCGAUACAUUACAACAUUCUCAACGCAUGUUGGACUGUUUAGAUACAAAAGGUUAAUGUUCGGUAUCAACGCCGCUUCGGAGAUCUUUCAGAAUGCACUAUAUCAGGAGUGUUUUCCGGUUUAA